AUGGCCUACACCAUCCUCAAGGUGCACAGGAGGCAGGGCCCUCUGGGUCUGACUCUCGCCCACCGCCCAGAGCACCUCCUGAAGCUGCCCCUGGAAGGGCUCCGGGAGUUCCUCCAGGACUCUCUGGCCCAGCCCUGGGCCCUGGAGGACGAGGCGGUGCUCAGACACCUUCGGGCCUCCAUGACCCAGCUCCGGAGGAUGCGGUGCGACCUGCCCCCACCCCAGCGGGACCUGAGGAGUUCCCCACGAGGCCCCUGGGCCUGGAGCGAGUGUCCCCGGCGCCCGGGCCUCUCCUCCCUUCUCUGGCCUCUGAGACACCGCCCAGGGUGGAGGAGCCGGCCUCCCCGGGCCCAGCCACCCAGCCUGAGCUGCCCGGACCCCCUCCCGGCCAGGCCAUCGUCCAACUUCCCCCCCAGCGAUGGAACUCCCUCCCCAUCCUCCCAGUGCAACAAGACGGUGCAGGCAAGAGGCCCCCAGACAUGGUGGGCUUGAAGACAAAAAACGGGAUCCCCUUCCCUUCGGCACCUGCCUGGGCCACCCCAGA